AACAAGACUCACGGUCAGCUGGAUUGCCGCCGCCUCCUUUUCCCUCCAGCCUGGUGGCUCAGGUUUGUCUCACCUUAUUUCGGAAACACGGAAGAACAGAAGUCACAGCAGAAACAGCGUGCAGCUGUGAAAACUGAUUCCCACCAAACAAAUCGCCCCCAGGCCUCUGCCGCCUGACACCAUGAACAUCUCUCUUGAGAACCCCUAUGGUGAUGUCACCAUCCCUCGUGCCAAACUGCGGGAUCCGGCUGAUUCCAGCACCAUCAUCAUGAACCCAAUGGCCUUGGAGAGCACCUACAACAACCGCAACUCUGCCUUAAACCCCUACAGCAGCUUCAAGACCCCAGGCGAGAACAACACCUCAAGUGUGCCAGUUUACGGAGAGGCCAGGAACGGCAGCCAGAACCCCCCUCCGGCUUACACGGUGAGGGAAAGCGAGGAGCAGGUGGGACGCUGCUACGCCUGUUGCUGCCGCUGCCGGAGGAAGAAGUGAGACUAGAAUUACCCUGUGAAGCAAAGGAUUAUGGGUUUACGAUUGGGAACCACCAUUCCACACCUCAAAUUUUGGAAGCCAAAUGCUAUACAGUUCUAAAAUGGCUGGAUUUUGGGGAUCCUUUAGCUAUUGCAUGAACUUGGAGAUCAUACUGCGGUUUGGACAAAACAAGAGCUGACCUUCUGUGACUGCACCGAAACCUAUUAUAUUAAAUAUUUACAUUUGGAUUACAUCAUUUUGUUAAAUUGGCACAGUUACGUUCAGCUGGAUUGCUUCUACUGAACCACAUUAAAGCAGCCUUACCUUUAUCUGCCUCCAACAAUGGCAUGCUUAGAUACUCUCCUUCGUUUUGGCGUCACCCAAUUGUUCCCAUACACUUACUUAAAAUGAUUAAUGUUAAAGUUAUUAGACUAAUGUUGUUAUUGUUGUUGUUAAUGGAGUGUUUCUAUAAAUGUAUAAUGAGGUAAAACAGGUUUUAUUGGUGCACACAGCGGUGGGCUCUCUUGAAAAUAUGUCCUGGUGGACUUCUCCAAGUUUCUUUAGGUUUUUGAGCCACACCCUGACAUGUCGUCAAACACAGGUGACUGAAACUUGAGGAAGGGAUCCAAAAAAGGACACUGUCAGCUUUUAGUUCAGGACGAGUGUUGUGCCAACAGAGUUUCUAUUGAACGAGCUUUUCUGGUUACUGUAGACACACCGCUGACACAAUGUGUCUAGGAUUGCCAAAGGGAUUAUUUAGUGCAACAUAAAACCCUUUUAGUACUAUAUUAUAUGAUUAUAAGCAAUAUUAUUGUAGUUAGAUUUAAUACAAUGGGUCAUUGACAGUUUUUUUUUUUGGCCAUGAGACUGUGAGCCUGACUAUUGUAAAUAUGAUAAAAUAUGCCAACCAAAAUGUUUUGGAUGUCUGUAUAUGUUAGACACGAUGAUCAAUAUAUUUUUUGAUACAUAAAAUCACCUUUAUCUCUGUAA